CACCAACUCUUUUACCAAAUCUAACCCCUUUUUUCAAAGUCUGUGCACUUACUCAAACUAUGAUAACCUCUCCCAUUUUCCCUUCAUUCAACUCUUUUAAACUUCAAACUUCAAAGUCCAAACCCAUCCAUUUCUAGGAUUAACCCUUUUCAACACGUUAGUAUAUGGAAUGGACUAGACAACUCCCCCGCCUAUCUCCCUCUCCUUCCUGCUCCAUUUCUCCCAACCCAUUUCAGACGCCAUAGUUUAAUUUAGCUCACAAAACAUGACCCAAACCGACGAUAUUGCUUACGAUUCGAUUUUGGUUCUUCUCUCCAUCUCUCUUUUCAUUCUUGGUAUCGUCCUCAUCAUCAUCAUCUGCAGGAAGAAACCACAAAAGCCCGAUCAGAAACAUUUAGAGCUCCCCGCCAAGUUUUGUGCCAGCUCCUAUCAGUUAACCGACAUAGAUGCAGCGACAGAUGGCUUUAACACUAGAAGGAUCGUCGGGAAAGGCCGCUUAGGUACUGUUUUUGCAGCCAUAUCGCCGAGCGGGGAGCUCGUUGCGGUGAAAAGGAUACAUCCACGGCUUGUAUUAAGCAAUGCUGGAUUCGGGUUUGCUUCGAUAAUAAAAACACUUUCGUUGGCUCAGCAUCCUAACGUAGUCCCAAUCAUAGGGUAUUCACAAGCGCCGGGUGAGAGAAUCAUCGUGAUGGAGUUUGUCGGCAUGGUGAAUUUGGAUUUUUAUUUGCAUGAAAACUCCGAUGGUGCUUCGUUGUUAGAUUGGAAUCGGCGUUUGAGGGUUGCUGCCGGGGUGGCCAGGGGGAUCGAGUAUUUGCAUCAAGGGAUGGCGCCCAAUAUAGUACACGGUGCAUUAAAGGCGUCGAAUAUAUUAUUAGAUGUGAAAUUUGUUGCCAAGUUAUGUGAUUACGGGCUAUCGUUUUUGGCACCCAAAGAGAUGACGGGGCUUGUGGGGCAUGUAGAUGACGAGUAUUGGGCUGAAAAGGGAGGUGGUGCUUGCAAGGAAAGCGAUGUUUAUGGCUUUGGGGUGGUGUUGUUGGAACUUUUGACAGGGAGGAGAAGUGAACAAGGGUUGCUUGUGAGAUGGGCAUUGCCAUUGAUCAAAGCCAAAAGGUUUAGUGAACUUUUGGACCCUAGACUAGUAAUUCCCUCUGAUAUAAAACCUCUUCUUAGACUGGCAAAAGUUGCUUCAGCUUGUGUUGGUAAUUACAGAAAAGACAGGCCUUCCAUUUCUCAAGUGGCAUCCAUUUUGAACAAUCUGGAGAUUGAGGUCUGUCAUUAAAGUGCCAAAUUUGAAUAUUGGGUUUGUUUUAUUUUAUUUGACUUUGAUCAUCAAAAAGCCAAAGCUAGAUUGUAUACACGUGGGUUGUCUUCAAAAUGGAUGCAAGAUAGAGUUGGCCAACGAGGGUAAGAACUAUGUGGGAAAAUAUUGAAAUGAAAGAUUUUAAAGGUUGGAGAGGGGCGGUGAUGGGGGAAUCAUUGUUUCCGUGUGGAAGUAGGGGGGAUUUUCUUACAUUGGUGGUGAAAGGGACCCAUUUCCCUUAAUUUUUUAUAUUAUGUCUUUCUCAAUCUGAUUAUCAGAUUUUGGGGGGUUUGCUAUGGCUCCAUCACUUGACUAAAACUUCAUUUUGUAAAUUAAUCAUUACCCAAUUAUUUGUGUUUUAGAAUCAAUCACAAUA